GCUGCAGAACAAUCGUUUAAGAAAAUGAUGAAGACUGUGAUCCUUGUCUUGGCCUUAGUAGCCAUUGCCGCCUGUUCUUUGGACGUCAUUCCCCACUACAGCCACCAUGGUCACGGACACGGAAUCAGCGCCAGAUACUUCAAGAAGGCACAAGGACAUGGUUAUGGAGGAUAUGGAUUAGGAUAUGGUGGAUAUGGAUAUGGCGGUCUUGGAUAUGGAGGUUAUGGUCUUGGAUAUGGUGGCUAUGGUCUCGGAUAUGGCGGAUAUGGGUAUGGUGGACUUGGAUACGGUGGUCUUGGAUAUGGUGGUCUUGGAUAUGGAUACCUUUAAGAGGAAAAACGACCUACACUUACGUGAAAAGCUGCUACCUGCUUUAACAAGACAAAUGGAAUAUGGUACUUUUAUAAAGGGCAUUGAGAAGCCAGAAGACAAUGCAAAUGUAAAGAAC